AUGAAGUUCGCCUCCGUUAUUCUCGCAGUUUUUGCCCUGGCUACUACUGGCAUUGCCAAGAAGACCUGCACUCCCAGCUUCGAUUAUUGCUCUGAUGUGCUGAUCAAAGACAAGGGCUUCACCGAGGCCGAUCUCAAGGAUGUCCUCAAGGGAUCCGACCUGGAAAAUGAAGAUCUGAAGAAUGUUUUGUUCCAUUGCAAGAACCCUGGUGAUGUCGGCCACCCCAAGCUGUGCAACAGUGGAUGCAAAGACCCUGCCACUGAGGGUAGCCACUCCUGCGACGCCUAA